AUGACAAUGGUUAUCAAUAUUUUACUUACUUUGUUGCUGCUUAGUUCUUGGUCACUUGCUGAUACAUCAUCGUCCACUCUUGAUUGCUCAUCAUUCCAAUCAGACAGAGAUAUCAUUCGCUCAUUCCAGUUUCGUAUAUUGAUCAAUCCACCAGAGAGUGCCAUCAGUGUAGAUGAUACUUAUGCAAUGGUUAAUAAUCAAGGUCAAGUCACAGAAUUAAAUUUCUGGGGUAAAAGUGUUCCAUCAUCUAUUUACUGUUUGAAAAACUUGAAUUCAUUAAAUAUUCAAUACACAAGCAAUUUCAGUAUUUCGACAGAGAUUGUGCGUCUGUCUGGGGUUCUUAGAAAGCUCACGCUGUCGAAUAUAUCUCAGUUGCGUUCUCUUCCAAUCGAAUUGUUCAAAGUUUUGAGUCUGCAAAGUCUCACUAUCUCUAAUUCCGGCCUUGAAACCCUACCUGAAGAGAUUGGACAAUUGUCUUCAUUGGCAACGCUCGACCUGACUUAUAAUCGGCUUCGGUCAUUACCCAAUAGCUUAGGUACGAUGUGGCCCCUUAUUGAAUUACGACUGGAUAAAAAUCCUCUUACUUCGCUCGAUGCUCUCACUGGAAGUCCAAGAUUAUCUCAGUUGAGUGCUUCUAAUUGUGCCAUUGAUCAUCUGCCAACAAAUCUAACACGCUUGCGAUCAUUCAAUCUGUAUGGAAAUCGAUUGACAUCAUUGAAUACUCUCGAUUCGCUAGGCGUAUACGGCGCGGAAUCGAUGAAAUUCGGUAAGAACAAUAUUACAAGCCUUCCUGCAACGGUGAACAGACUUCAGGUUGUCCAAAACUUGGAUUUAUCAAAUAAUUUACUUACAGAAUUACCUAUGUGGAUGUACAACGUUCAAAUCAAAGAAAUUAAUUUACGCCAAAACAAAUUCGAUGAAAAAGAAUGGGAUUGGAUCGUAGGAAUGUUUCGAAUUUCAAAUACAACAGUUAAUUUCUGA